AUGGAACUUUUUGUUUUAGGCUGCAAUUUAAAAAUCUCAUUCAAAGACAUAGUGACGAGAAGAAAAGUAAAAGAAAUCGAUGAAAUAAGGAAAGAUGUGAAUAUUUCAACAGACAACAAUAAUACACCCAGGAAUCAUGAUAUUACACCCACAUUAAGUGCUCAAGCGUUUCUUCUCAAUCGAAGCGAUUUUACAGCUCUUGAAGUCUCCAAAAAAAUACUCUUCAUCAAACUAAACACAUUUAUUCUUGCAGAAUAUCAAGUUUUGAAUGCUAUUUAUCGCGAUGCACCAUUAGGUGGGUCACGGUUUGUGAAGCCCACAUCAACUACUUUUUCCUAUAUGCCCCAAAAUGUCAAAGAAGGAAAAAUUCAACUUAAUACUAAUGCUUCAACGUCAACAAGCUUGGAAUCAGAACAAUCAGCUCGUGAAGGUGAGGAUCAAACUGCACGCCAACAACAACAUGAUCUAUUGGAUGAAUAUUUUCAUCGAUCUCGUGAAUUACGUCACAUCAAAACUCCUUUCACACGUCAAGGACAACUUUGGGCUGAUCAAAAAUAUUACGAAUAUUAUGAAUACUUAUGCAAAGGUAUCAAGCGCGCUUUAUCACAUCCAGGCUCAUUUGAUUUGGAUUGUGGUGCUGGUAGUGUACACACGCCCCGAGCAAUGAAGUCUAAUCUCUAUUACCAGUAUAGCCCAGGGCCUGAAGUAUACUCAAGGAAAGUGUUCGUUGGUGGUUUACCAAUUGAUAUUGAUGAAGAUGAACUCACAGCAACAUUUAGUCGUUUUGGCCCCCUGGUUGUUGAUUGGCCCAACAAAAAUGAGAAUAAAAGUUAUUUUCCACCAAAAGGUUAUGUGUUUCUCAUUUUCGAAUAUGAAGUCAGUGUACGGGCUUUGGUACAAUCAUGUUUUGUGGAAGAUGAAAAACUUUUCCUCUACAUUUCGAGUCCCUUGUCACCUGACAAGUUGGUUCAAAUUCGUCCAUGGCGGCUUGCAGAUGCUGACUAUGUUGUAGAAGCUAGCAUCCCUUUAUUCGCGAGACGAGUUGUUUUUGUGGGAGGUGUCCCGAGACCCAUCAAAGCAGUAGAAUUGGCUCAUAUAAUGGACCACUUGUAUGGAAGUGUAGGCUGUGCGGGUAUUGAUACUGAUGUUGAAUACAAAUAUCCGAAAGGUGCUGGACGAGUAGCGUUUACAAAUCAAAAUUCUUAUAUGAAGGCAAUUACUGAUCGUUAUGUACAGCUAAGUCAUGGGGAAGUAGAGAAAAGAGUAGAAUUAAAACCGUAUGUGUUAGAUGAUCAACCUUGUGAUGAGUGCGGCGGUGAACGGUGUGGUGAUCGCCAUGCACCAUUUUUUUGUCCGCAACUCUCAUGUCUUCAAUAUUAUUGCGAAAAAUGUUGGACUACAAUACAUGGUUGUCGGGCACGUGAAAACCACAAACCAUUAGUGAAAGAAGCUUGA